UAAUAAUAUGAAUUAAAGUCCAACCAAAUUUGAUACGCCAACAAAAAUGCAAUCUAAAUUAGAUCUUAAGAUGAGAAAGAGUGGAGUACCAGUAGCUUUAAAAAGAUCACCUUAAUUUUAAUUGUUAGAUUGCUUUAUGUUGACGUAUUUUCAUAUUCCAUCAUUUGCCGAACAAAUUUUAUAGUAUGAUGUAUAAAAAUAAUUUAAAAAAUAGGAUUCUAUUAUUAAUGAAGAAGGAGUAACAUUACUUUUACAAUAAUUAUUUGUGUAAUUGAUAUUUUGUAAGAAAAAAGACACAUCUGCGAUUGAUGUAUAUUAAUUUAUGAAGGAUGAUUAUAAUACUAGAUAUAAAAGUGUUGAAGAAUUUUUAGUGAGAUUUUUUGAGAAAGUAGAUGAAUCAAUAUCUAAAUAUAGAACAAUGCUUAAUGAAUUUGUUGAAGAACAUCCAAUUAGGGAAUUAUUUAUUGGUAAAUUCAUAAAAGGAAAUGAUGAAACAACAUUUCAUUUAAUUAAGAUUGAUUUAGAGAAUGAAUCAUUUAUGGAAGGAUUGUAAAAGAAAUUUGAAUAAGAAGAUUGUUCAAUAAAAGACUUACCUAAAAUAAUGUAAUUUGAAAUAACAAAAAAAUCAAGCUUAGUUAUAAUGCCUACUAUAUAUUUAGAUUAAUUUAUGUAUUCAAAUAAAGGAACUAUAAAAUAACAUUAAUCAGAUAUUAAAGAAUUAAUGAUGAAGAGAGAAGAGAUUAUUUAAAAGAUUAAAAAUGUUGAAAAUUAUUAAUAAACUUCAUAAAGUAUUCCUUAAAUAUUAUAAAUGACUAUAAAUAUCAUAUAAGAAUAAAGAGAAGAAUUGAUUGAUGGUGAUGAAGCAAUUGAAGGUUUUAUAUCUUUAAUAAUGGAUGCUAAUUAAGAGUUAGAAAAAUUGAAAGAUGAAUUAGAUAAAAUGGACCAAUAAAUUAAAUUAAUUAUGGGUAGUUUUAAUAAAAUAGAAUAUAAUUUGCAUGCUGUAAUUAUAUAUGAUGGAGAUUAUGAAUGUGUAUAUAUCAAAAAUAAUGAAUAAUGUUUUUUUUUUGAAGAUGGAUUUGCAGAAAUAAGAAAAGAAUUUGAAAUAGAAAUUUAAUAUUCUCCAGAAAAUCUCGUAUAUUUAAUUUAUCAAGACAAAAAUCUAAAAAGUGAUUAUAGUUUUACAGGUGGUUAAGGGAAUCUAUUGGAUAUGGAUGAUAGAAAACCAUAUGAAUAAUUAAUUAGAAAAGAUCUAUAAUAAUAUGCUGUUUAAUUUAAUUAAAAAGUCGAUCAAGAAUUAUUAUUCUUAAAACAAUAAUAAUAGGCAGAAGAAGUAUUUUAAUAAUAUUUGACAAGAAUGAAUAAAGUAUAAUAAUUAAUUUAGAAGAAAAAUAGUAUUUAAUUACCUCAUUUAAAUAAUUUUGCUACUUUCUUGAUUUAUACUCAAAAGAAGAUUGAUGAUUUUGUUAAAUGGUAAAUCUUAGAUUGUAGCAUAAGAGAUGUUACAGGAUAAUCAAUCUCAGAUAUUAAGAAUAUGAAUGCUUUUGCAUAAAAGUUAAGUGUUUUACUAUAAAACUAACCAUAAAAAGCACCAACUUAAUUAACUGUAAGUAAAAAAGAUAUGCAAAUUAUGUAAAUAAGAUUAACUGAAUAUGUUUAAUAUUAAUAAUGCACAAAAGUCUUAACUUAUUCUUUAGAAUGCAUUCUUUAAGAUAAGUAAUUACUAGCUUUAAAUGCAAUCAGAUUUAUUAAUGAAAAUAGCUAAAACAAUAUUAUUGUUCAUCUUAGUUAAGAGAUAUUAAAAGCUUAUAUGUCUCAUUUGGCUAUUUUAACCUUUAAAUUUCAUUAAUAAUCAUAAUAUCAUUAGUUGUGGGAUCAUAUUUAAUGGAUCAUGACUUAUUGGCCAUAUAUUAAUUAAGUCGAUUUAGUUCAUUAAUAAAUUUUUAUUAUGAUAAAAGAUUUAAAGAAAAAAGCAAGCAAAAAGGCUUUGAAUUCUGAUUAAUAAAAGAUUAUUAAAAAAUUUAUAUCAUCUGUUGAGGAUAAAAAAUCAAUAGAUGUUGGAACCAACUUUUUAUUGAGAUAAGAUCCUGUAAAAUUUUAUUAUAAUAUUUUUUAGUUUUUAGAAUCAAUAGCCUUAAUUGAUUGGAAUUAGGAUCACUAUUAUUGGUUACCUGAUAAAUCAGAAAAUGUAUCCUAGUAAUUGUAGACAAACAUAUAGUUGAUAUAAUAGUUUCUUUAACUUGAAUUUCAAUUUGUAAGAAGCAUUAUGUAAUAACAAUGUACUUUUAAUUAUGAUGAAAGGAUUAAAAUGAUGCUACAUAAUUAAUUAUGA